UGAAAACGCAUUUCCGGUCGUCUUACUUCCGGGGCGGGACUUCCUGUCCAUCACAAGCGACGGGUUGCAGAACUGGUUGGAAGGCCGAACGCGGCGAUCAGCAUGGCUGUGCAGUCUUAGUUUUCUCGAGACGGCACUCACGACAACGCUUUUUCUGGCUCCGCCCCCAGCGUCCCGUGGCCAUGACAACCGCUCCGAGGGACUCGGUAGUGUGGAAGCUUGCGGGGCUUCUGCGGGAGUCUGGGGAUGUGGUCCUGUCUGGCUGUAGCACACUGAGCCUGCUGACUGCCACACUGCAGCAGUUGAACCGAGUGUUUGAGCUGUACCUGGGGCCAUGGGGUCCGGGCCAGACAGGAUUCGUGGCUCUGCCCUCCCACCCUGCCGACUCCCCCACCAUCCUCCAGCUUCAGUUCCUCUUCGAUGUGCUGCAGAAAACACUUUCACUCAAGCUGGUCCACAUCCCUGGACCUGGCCUUCCAGGGCCCAUCAAGAUUUUUCCCUUCAAGUCACUUCGGCAGCUGGAGCUCCGAGGUAUCCCCCUCCACUGCCUGCGUGGCCUCCAGGGCAUCUACUCACAGCUGGAGACCCUGAUUUGUAACAGGAGCAUCCAGGCACUAGAGGAGCUCCUCUCAGCCUGUGGCGGUGACCUCUGCUCUGCCCUCCCCUGGCUAGCUUUGCUUUCUGCUGACUUCAGUUACAAUGCCCUGACUGCCUUAGACAGCUCCCUGGGUCUCUUGUCAGUGCUGCGCUUCCUGAACCUGAGCCACAAUCGACUGCAGGACUGCAAAGGCUUCCUGAUGGAUUUGUCUGAGCUGUGUCACCUGGAUGUCUCGUACAACCACCUGCACUUGGUGCCGAGAAUGGGCCCUUCAGGAGCUGCCCUGAGGACCUUGGUGCUGCGAAGCAAUGAGCUCCGGAGCCUGCAGGGCCUGGAGCAGCUGAGGAACCUGUACCACUUGGAUGUGGCCUACAAUCUGCUUGAGGGACACAGGGAGCUGUUGCCACUGUGCCUGCUGGCUGAACUCCGCCAGCUCUGCCUGGAGGGGAACCCUUUGUUCUUCCACCCUUCACAUCGUGUAGCCACCACUCAGUACUUGUCACCCCGGGCCAAGGAUGCUGCUCACAGCUUCCUUCUUGACGGCAAGUUCUUGUCACCGAAGGAUUUUCAGACCUCAACAUCUUUGGGACCUGGCCCUUUGGCCCCUCCUCAGCCUUGGUCCUUGGGGAGUACCACCGAAACCUCCGGUGGCCCUGAGCUGAGUGACAGCCUCUCUUCAGGAGGUGUUUCAGCCCAGGCAUCUCUUCGUAGGGUUAAGAGCAAAAUCCGUGUGAGACGGGCGAGCAUCUCUGAGCCCAGUGAUACAGACCUGGAACCCCGAACCCUGGACCCUUCCCCAGCUGGAAUGUUUGUGCAACAACAUCGGGAACUUGAGCUGCUGAACAGCUUCCGGGAGAGGUUCGGCUGUGACUGGCUGCAGUAUAGGAGCCACCUGGAGGUCUCUGGGAGCCCUCUCCAGACCACCUCUAAGACUGCUGCCCUGAGCACCUCUUCUCCAAGUGCUCUGGGCCCCGAGACACCACCAAGCCCUCAGGCCUCAGAGAAGGAAGCCGGAGGUCCCAAGGAGUCAGAACAGAAAGUGGCAAAGCAGAGCAGGAUGGAGCCAGAGCCCCAGGAGGAAGAGGACAGGGAGGAACAGAGAAAAGAGGCAGCGAAGGAGGGACAGGAAGAGGAAGAGGAAGAAGGGCGGGAACAGCAGGAGGUGGAAGGCUCCUCUCUUGGUGUCUCCACAGCUGAGCUCUGCCGCCCCAUGUUGGUGUGUCCCCUGCAGAGGCCCGAGGGGGUUCGGGGCAUGGAAUGCUUUCUUCAGGUCACCUCUGCUCACGUGGUUGAGGUGGAACUCCAAGCAGGUCGUACUCUGGGGCGGCUGGAACUGCAGAGUCUGGUGACAGCUGAGCUAGAGCCUGAGAGCCCAACCCAGAGAGAGCCAGUGGCCGAGGGCUCAGAUGGCCUCCCGGGGGCGCCCGUCCUUGUGCUGCGCUUUGCCUACAUUUGCCCCGACCGGCAGUUGCGUCGCUAUGUUGUGCUGGAGCCCGAUGCCCACACAGCUGCCCAGGAGCUCCUCACGGUGCUGAGCCCAUUUACCACCGAAGCACGGCAGCAGCUUGGGAAGGCCAGCCGCGCACUGGGAGGCAGCUUCCAGUGUUUGCGCUGCGGCUGUGAGUUCAGGCCAGGAGAGCCGAGGAUGGGGCUGGGCAGUGAGGAAGGCUGGAGGCCACUGUUUCAAGAGACAGAGUCUCCUGCUGUGUGUCCCAGCUGUGCUAGUGACCAUGUGGUUCUCCUGGCUGUGUCUGGGGAAACCCCCCACAGGGAGCAGACCCAGGCCGAGCAGUCACGGGCUCCCUCUCAGUCCUCUAGCCCUGUCUGUGACUCCCCUGGCCACAGAGACCAUCUCGGCAGGACUGAUAGCAUCUUGGUCCCCCAUGGCCACAGUGGCUGGAGCCUCAGUCCCCCCGGUGAGUGCUGUGGAUUCCGCUCCGUGGACCACCGACUCCGGCUCUUCCUGGAUGUCGAGGUGUUCAGUGAUGCCCAGGAGGAGUUCCAGUGCUGCAUCAAGGUGCCAGUGGUGUUGUCAGGUCACGUGGGGGAAUUUCUGUGUCUUGUGGUCAUGUCUGAUCACAGGCUGUACCUGUUGAAGGUGACAGGGGACAUCCGCGGGCCUCCAGCUAGCUGGCUUCAGCCAACCCUGGCCGUUCCUCUGCAGGAUCUGAGUGGCGUGCAGCAGGGCCUGGCAGGCCAGAGUCUGCGGCUGGAGUGGGCGGCGGGGGUGGGCAGCUGUGUGCUGCUGCCCCGAGAUGCCAGGCGUUGCCGGCUCUUCCUGGAGGAACUCAUUGGUGUCUUGCAGUCUCUGCCCCCUACCCGGAAGAACUGUGUCAGUGUCACGGAGGAGGAGGUGACCCCGCAGCACCGGCUCUGGCCUUUGCUAGGACAAGAUGCUUCCCCAGAGACUCCCCAGUUCUUCUACCUUCAGGCGUUCCUGGUUGAAGGACCUUCUGCCUGUCCCGUGUCCCUGUUGCUGACUCUGGCCACCCUGUACCUGUUAGACGAGGACCUGGUAGGGUCCCAGCCAGAGCCUUCCCUGCCAGCAGCCUCCGGUGAAGUCUCUGAGAAGGCCCCUUCUCUGGGGCUGGGCCCCUCUGUACGGAUCAGGGAGCAGCAGCCACUCAGCAGCCUGAGCUCAGUGCUGCUGUAUCGCACCGCGCCUGAGGACCUGCAGCUGGCCUUCUAUGACGAGGUGUCUCGGCUAAAGAGCUUCUGGGCACUCCGUGUCGUGUGCCAGGAGCAGCUGACAGCCCUACUGGCCUGGAUCCGGGAGCCCUGGGAAGAGCUGUUUUCCAUCGGACUCCGGACUGUGACCCAGGAGGCUCUGGACCUUGACCGAUGAUAGUUCUGUAUCAGCGCCAGCCCGACCUCAGGAGCCUUGCUGCAGGGCUUCUCUCUCCCAGCUUCUGGCUCUGGCUGUGGACUUCUCUGGCCUUUGGGUGCUGGCGGCGAAGCUCCCAGUGACCCGUGGCUUAAGGGAAGAAAGAGAGAAGUGGUCGCCCCAGGGUGAUUGGCCUAUGGGGACAGACUGCGUGGUCAGGGGUAAUGUUUCUCCUGUCCUUCUUCUCAGGUAUCAGUAAAGUGAUUUCCAUUUA